UUUAAGACAAGGGGGAUUUCAAAGAUGGCAAGCAGCAGUCUCCAUGGGAGUUGUUCGAUAAGGAAGCUGAGUAGUAGCAUUUCCCGUGGCAGCAAUUUCAAGCUUUCCUUUAAUGGCUUUACCCACCUUCCAUCUCCCAGAGCCGCCGCCAUUCCUUCACUUAGUUUAAAAUCUCGCCAUUCUCCUGUUCGUCGCGCUGUCAGUUUUCGUCCUUGCAUUGAUAUUCACAAGGGGAAAGUGAAGCAAAUUGUUGGGUCAACUCUUACAGAUUCAAAGGAAGAUGGAUCAACCCUUGUAACCAAUUUCGAAUCGGAUAAGUCGGCAGCCGAGUUUGCGGAGUUGUACAAAGAUGGGCUAAUGGGUGGUCAUGUAAUCAUGCUUGGAGCUGAUCCUCUAAGCCAAGCAGCAGCCAUUGAAGCAUUGCGUGCAUGUCCUGGUGGCUUGCAAGUAGGAGGUGGGAUCAAUUUAGACAAUUGUUUGCGUUACAUUGACGAAGGAGCCAGCCAUGUCAUUGUUACUUCAUAUGUAUUUAACAAAGGGCAAAUGGACCUUCAAAGGCUCAAAAGUCUCGUCAAUGUUGUCGGGAAGCAAAGACUCGUGUUGGACCUUAGCUGCAGAAAGCAGGAUGACAAAUAUGCCAUCGUCACCGACCGGUGGCAAAAAUUCAGCGAUAUCUAUCUUGAUGAGGAAAUAUUGAACUUUCUUUCCGGAUACGCGGAUGAAUUUUUGGUUCACGGUGUAGAUGUAGAAGGGAAAAAGCUGGGAAUAGACAAAGAUCUCGUGGCCUUUUUAGGCAAGCAUUCUCCGAUUCCGGUCACUUAUGCUGGCGGUGUCACGGUAAUGGAUGAUUUAGAGACAAUCAAAGCGGCAGGGAAGGGAUGUGUGGACGUUACCGUGGGAAGUGCCUUGGACAUUUUCGGGGGCAACUUGGCUUACAACGAUGUUGUAGCAUGGCAUGAGAAUAACAGGAGAGGCAUACCUUUGAUGCUACGAAUGAUAGAUGAUGAGCGCAAGUAUAAACUUUUGUAUCAAGUAAUAGAGUGAACAUAAAUUAAUGUG